CGGGCGGUAUAGUGGAGCAGACGAAAUAUUCGAUCAUUAAAAUGGAUAUUUCAUCAGCAUCUGAAGGUGGGGUGUCACUGAACGAAUACAGAGUAAAGAAUGCUCCCAACAUGGUAUACUACAUCCCAAACUUUGUAACAGAAGAAGAAGGCAAAUAUCUAUUGAAUCAGGUCUAUACAGCCCCCAAGCCAAAAUGGACCCAACUAUCCAAUAGACGUCUUCAAAACUGGGGUGGCCUACCUCAUCCUAAAGGAAUGAUUGCAGAGGAAUUACCAAAGUGGUUGGAUGUGUAUGCUAAUAAGAUCGCAGGACUAGGUGUGUUUGGAGAUCAUAUACCAAACCAUGUUCUCGUCAAUGAAUACCAGUCAGGCCAAGGAAUCAUGCCCCAUGAAGAUGGCCCUCUCUUCUACCCAGUUGUAUCAACUAUCAGCCUUGGGUCACAUACAUUCCUAGAAUUCUACAAAAAGAGGGAAAUGAACAAUGGAGAUUUACAGCAAUCAUCAGAUGAGGGGAUCCAGAGCAACUCGGAUUUCAGUGAACCAUGCUUCUCUCUUCUUCUGGAGCCGUGUAGCCUCCUGAUCCUACAAGAUUCCAUGUACACCGACCACCUACAUGGCAUAGCAGAGAGGACCACAGAUAUCAUCACGUCUAGUGUUGCCAAUUUGAGUGCCACUGGCUACCAAGUAGACCAGGAGAUUGAAAGGACUUGUAGGGUAUCGCUAACUAUCAGGUACUUCCCCAAGACUUUGAAAUUCAAACUGAAGUUUGGAAAGAGGUGAUAAACUGACCAUCCCUUAAUAGCUGAACACAUUGUUGAACUUAAAGUAUGAAUUUGAAACUGAAAGCUAC